GGCCUUUGUUCUUUAGCUUACAUGGCCUGUUUUGCCCAAGGCCUUUACCCCGGUCCUUUUCCAAAAUGGCUGUGCUGUUGUCUUCCUGUCUCAAGAUGACACCAGGUAGAAUGCCACCAUUUUGAUACAUUUCUCUAUAUUGACGGUAGGAUAAGUACUUAUCUAAAAUGGAGGUUGACAAAUUGUUUUUCUAUAAAGGCCCAUGUGGUAAAUAUUAUAGGCCCUGUGAGCCAAAAGGCAAAAUCCAGGCUGCUUAUAUAACAAGAAAAUAACUACUCCCUCCCACCCCUACCCCCACCCCCACCCCCCAUCUGCUGGGGGGUGGGCUGUACAGCUGCUUUGACUCCAGUUGCAUCAGCUGGAAUCGUCCACCUGACCAAGAGCAACUAGCCCUAGGCAGAGGGAGACCGGCCUGGCCAGGCAGGUUUGCAGCCACCACGGUGUAUUUCAGUCUGCCCCAGUGACCUGCAGGUCCGAGGGCAUCAUUCUCUGCUCUCAGAGAACCUGGCGGUUCCAUCUUUGUCUGCUGGCCCGAGGAGAGCUGAUUUGCCCAGCACCUGGCUCCCAGAUUGAGAUUCCACCAUUGGAUGCCUGCCAUCGGCCGGUAGCAGAGUCUAGGGUGUGUAGGUGGUAACGUUCAGGCCCUGAGCAGACCGCUGACCAGACAGGCAGGCAGACACUGGGAGCUCUGGGGAGAGCCGGAGUGGAAACCGAUGCCUGAGUGUGGUCCUGGCGGCCCACAGCCGUGCAGCAGCGCAGGGUGGGGAGGGGGCCGGCUGGCAUCUAGUACGUGGAGGCCAGAGGUGCGGCCAGACACCCUGUAGUGCUCAGGCCAGCCCCUCCCAGCACAGAAUCACCCCGCCCAAAACAUCAUCCCUGUGAGGUCGAGAAACCCUGACGCAGACGAAUAAAAAUUUGCACUAUAGUUCCUGAGGUACUUAAAAAAACAAAAACAAAAACCCUUAUUUUGAUCCUCAGGUGACUCAUUACUUCUUAAAUAGUAAUGGUAUCUUCUCCACUAGACUGUGAGGCUCAUUCCCCUUUGUUUUCUUCAUCUUUGUGUUCCCAUUUUGUAUCAUUCUGAAUCCACACACGCAUUUAUUAAUAAUAACAGUUAGAGCCCGGGAGAAGGCCCGGAGGACGGCGGCCUCCUGGAGGCUAGGCUGUGACCCGCGGCUGCUGCCUUGCCUUCUGGGCUUGGGCGGUGGCCGAAGCUCAGGGCUGGUUAAGGGGGCUGCUGGGUGGGUGGUCUGUCGGCCGUGCAGCUGGUCGGAGAUGGUUUCACAGCACACAGUGGCUGCGGGCUGAUCCUGUUAAGAUACUAAUGCCGUCACUGUCCCCUGCAAUGGAAGAAGGGAACAUUGUGAAAUGGCUGAAAAAGGAAGGUGAAGCUGUGAGUGCUGGAGAUGCCUUAUGUGAAAUAGAGACUGACAAGGCUGUGGUUACCUUAGAUGCAGGUGAUGAUGGCAUCUUGGCCAAAAUAGUGGUUACAGAAGGAUCUAAAAAUAUACGGCUAGGUUCACUAAUUGGUUUGCUAGUUGAAGAAGGAGAAGAUUGGAAACAUGUUGAAAUUCCCAAAGAUAUAGGUCCUCCAUCACCCGCUUCAAAACCAUCAGUGCCUUGCCCCUCACCAGAACCACAGAUUUCUACCCCUGUCAUAAAGGAACACACACCGGGAAAACUGCAGUUCUGUUUAAUUCCAGCUGCCCGCAAUAUUCUGGAAAAACACUCACUGGAUGCUAACCGGGGAACAGCCACAGGUCCUCGGGGGAUAUUCACUAAAGAGGAUGCUCUCAAACUGGUCCAGUUGAAACAGAUGGGCAAGAUCACAGAAUCCAGAGCCACUCCAGCCCUGCCAACCACUCCCACGGCGCCUUUGCCCCCACAGCCCGCAGCUGCACCCUCCUAUCCCCGGCCAGCAAUCCCUCCAGUAUCAACUCCUGGACAACCUAAUGUAGCGGGUACAUUCACUGAAAUCCCUGCUAGCAAUAUUAGAAGAGUUAUUGCCAAGAGGUUAACUGAAUCUAAAAGUACUGUACCUCAUGCAUACGCUGCUACUGACUGUGACCUGGGAGCUGUUUCAAAAGUUAGGCAAAAUCUGGUCAGAGAUAACGUUAAAAUAUCAGUAAACGAUUUUAUCAUCAAGGCAGCAGCUGUUACCCUUAAGCAAAUGCCGAGUGUUAAUGUAAGCUGGAAUGGAGAAGGCCCAAAGCAGCUGCCCUUUAUUGACAUUUCAGUGGCUGUGGCAACAGAUAAAGGUUUAAUUACACCAAUCCUAAAAGAUGCUGCUGCUAAGGGUCUACAGGAGAUUGCUGACUCUGUAAAGGCUCUGUCAAAGAAAGUGAGGGAUGGGAAAUUGUUACCUGAAGAAUACCAAGGAGGAUCUUUUAGUAUUUCCACCUUGGGGAUGUUUGGCAUCGAUGAAUUUACUGCAGUGAUCAACCCUCCUCAGGCCUGCAUUUUGGCUGUUGGGAGAUCCCGACCUGUGCUGAGGCUCACCCAGGAUGAAGAGGGGAAUGCCAGACUGCAGCAGCACCAGCUCAUCACGGUCACAAUGUCCAGUGACAGCCGAGCGGUAGAUGAUGAACUGGCUACCAGGUUUCUGCAACAUUUUAAAGCAAACCUAGAGAAUCCUACCUGACUUGCCUAAUCCUCAAAGAUAAGAAGUUGGUCU